AUGGCCGUACUGUUGCUGUUAAUGAUGAUGCUUGGAGCUGGAGAGAUGAAGUCUUUCAGUGCAGACACCGCCAACAAUGUUGUUAGAAGAAGCUCGACUUGCUACGGCACCCUGGGAUGUUUCAACACUGAUGCUCCUUUUACUUCACCGGAGAGACCGCUUUCUGUAGUGCCGGAGUCGCCAGAUGUCGUUCAAACCGACUUCCUGCUCUACACACGAACCUAUAAGACAUCCCCACAAGGGCUGGACGCCAGACACCUGCAGGAUCUUGCCACAGCUUGGACCCACUUUGGAGCCCGACCCACCAAGUUUAUCACACAUGGGUUUUUGAAUAACCCAGAAACCAAUCCAUGGUUAACGGACAUGAAGGAUGCACUGCUGCAGCACGGCGACUACAACGUGGUGAUCAUCAACUGGGCUGGAGGCAACGGACCGCCCUACUCGCAAGCCGCAGCCAAUGCCCGACUGGUCGGAGCUCAGACAGCACAGCUGAUCUCUCAGCUCAUAAGCAGUAAAGGUGUUGCAGCCGCGGAUUUCCACAUCAUAGGUCACAGCCUGGGUGCUCACGUAGCCGGGUACGCUGGGGAGAAGAUACCCGACCUGGGCAGGAUCACCGGUCUGGACCCCGCCGGGCCAUAUUUUGAGAACACCGACAAGUCAGUGAGACUGGAUCCAUCUGAUGCUCUCUUCGUGGAUGUAGUUCACACUGAUGGCAAAAACUUACUGGACCUGGGUUUCGGCAUGAAAGAACAAGUGGGCCACUUAGACUUUUACCCAAACCUUGGUCACGACCAGCCAGGCUGCACUCGAUCUCCGAUCGCUCAGAUUUAUGAAAAUGGCUUUACCCAGGGUCUGAAGGAAGUGGUUGCCUGCAAUCACCUGAGAUCCAUCAAGUUCUACACCGAGAGCAUCAACACCCAGUGCCCCUUCAUGGCUUUCCCGUGUGACAGCGAGGAGGACUUUGCCGCCGGUAAAUGCCGAGCCUGUACUGCUGAUGGAUGCGCGGCUAUGGGAUUCAACGCUGACAAUCACAAGCCCAGAAACGGAGGACAGACCAAGUAUUUUCUGACUACCGCUGCGCAUGCGCCAUUCUGUGAAUAUCACCUUGACCUGACUGUGACCUUCGCCGCAAACAAAGGGUCAGAGGAGCGCGGUAGCUUCCAAGUGACCUUUCAUGGGACUCAAGGAAGCAGCAGCCCGAUCGCCGUGGUCGACCCCGAUGAUCCAGUGAUCCUAACUCCAGGCACCAGUUACAAGUUCUUCGUGGGAGCACCCACCAACAUAGGGACCAUCCAGUCGCUUUCCUUCACUUGGGACCACGACUCCUCUUUGUUGAACCCGUCCUCGUGGAACAUCCUAGGGCUCAGCCACCCGACACUCUUCCUGGAUAAAGUGGAGAUCUUCAGCGAAGAGACCAAUGUCAGCACCCGGUUCUGUGUGAGUGGGCGGGGCGUGGAGACAGACACUACACUGAACAUUUCCACAAAGUGCUGA